UUUUUCUUGAAACACAGAGAGACUCCAGGAGCUGAAGAACUCCUUCCUGCGAAGCUAUUGAAGAGGUUUAAUCGAAGGUGCAAAUCGAUUCUCUCCUUCAAAGAUCACAUUCCGCAAACGAAGAACGAAGACAUAUCAUUUUUUUUUACCAGAUUUUUGUACUCCUCCUUGGCAGCAAACGACCCCCUCCGCUCCAAUGACGACUCCUCUUCUCGUCAGAGUUUUUAAGGAUUGAAGAUGUCUGAAUCUGAAGCUGAAGCAAACUCUCAACUAGGCUUGAAAUCCCUGUGAAGGUAAAGGUGAAGGUGAAGGUGAAGGUGAAGCCAUUUAGAUUUUUAGAUACGUACACUCUUUUCUUGCCAUGGGACGAAGCUUGGGAAGAAUUUCAAGUCCCACCAUCGGCAAUGCCACCAAACACAAUUUGAUCGCCUUCUCCUCCUCUGCUUUUUCCACCUUUGCUGGUGGCGGUGGCGGUGGCGGUGAAGGUGGAGGUGGAGGUAGAGGUAGGGGACGAGGCUCCUCCAACUUCCAAUUCACCGUUCCCGCCUCCACCAACCCCGCCCCGCCUGCCCCUGGUGAUGGUGAUGUUGAUGGUGAUGACGAUGAUCCAAAAGGCUUCCCAUCUGGGAUGGGUCACGGCCGAGGUAAACCCCUCCCUGGUACCCCUAUUCUUCCAUCAUUUUCUUCCUUCAUCUCUUCCGUUGUUAGUAGUAGUGGUAACAACAACACUACUACUGGACGUGGCAGAGCCCCUGCCCCUCCUUCGCAAUCUGAGCAUGAGCUUAAGAGACCCAUUUUCUUUAGCAAAGAAGACGCGACUGAUUUGACCACUCCCUCUAAAAUCCAAAUUGGAAAUUCCCUAGACAGCAACCUCCCCUCCAGUAUUUUAUCUGCCUUGUCUAGUGCCGGCCGUGGAAAGCCCCUCGCUAAACAAUUGCUUCCCGACGACAUGCCUAAGGAAGAAAAUCGCCACCUCAGGUCCCGUCAUACUGCUAUAGGGAGAGGCCAAGUAUCCACUAACACUAAGAGCAGUGCAACCCCAAAGUUGAGCCGCGAGGACGCUGUGAAGAAGGCUGUGGGGAUAUUGUCGAGAGGCGGCGUUGAUGUGGCAGACAAAGUAGAGGACGGUGGGACGGGAAGAGGCAGUUUUAGAGGGAGAGGCACUCGUGGCGGUGGUGGCCGAGGGAGGGGCUGGAGAGGUAGAGGAAGAGGCGCAGGAAGAGGAGGCCGUGGGGUUCAAGAUGCGGACGAUGACUAUGGAGCUGGCCUUUAUCUUGGUGACAAUGCUGAUGGUGAGAAAUUGGCUAAGAGGAUUGGGCCCAAGAAUAUGAAUAAAUUGGUGGAAGGAUUCGAAGAGAUGAGCGGUAGUGUGUUGCCUUCUCCUAUGGAUGAUGCCUACUUGGAUGCUCUCCACACUAAUUUCAUGAUUGAAUGCGAACCAGAGUACUUGAUGGAGGAGUUUGGUACAAACCCAGAUAUUGAUGAGAAGCCGCCCAUUCCUCUUUGGGAUGCACUUGAGAAGAUGAAGCCAUUCCUAAUGGCUUAUGAGGGAAUUCAGAGCCAAGAAGAGUGGGAGGAAGUUGUGAAAGAAACAAUGGAGAAAGUCCCUGUUAUAAAAGAGCUUGUGGAUCACUACAGUGGACCGGACAGAGUAACUGCUAAGAAACAGCAGGAAGAGCUGGAAAGGGUUGCAAAAACUCUUCCUCAAGGUGCACCUGCUUCAGUUAAGCGCUUUACUGAUCGUGCUAUUCUCUCUCUCCAGAGCAACCCAGGCUGGGGAUUUGAUAGGAAAUGCCAGUUUAUGGAUAAGCUGGUGUGGGAGGUCUCACAGCAUUACAAGUAAGCUUU